AAAUCUUGUGCAGUGCUAACCUUCUGAGCCAACGCCCUUGCCAAAGCAGCUCUACCUCGAGGCUCCUCUCGGGAGGCGUGGAGCAGCCCCGGCCGCAUAGGAGGCGCUCUCAGACGCCAAUUGCCGCUCCAAGCUGCCGCUGGGAGAACUCUGGCCUCGGCUUGCUGGCGGAAGGGCCUGGUAGCAUCCUCCUCCUUCAGACCCCCACUCUCUGGAAGCUCCCUAGCCCCUGGGCACCCUGCGGGGAGGGCGGCGGCAGCAGAGAGCUGGACACUGCACAAGCAGGGCGACCCACUCCCCAAUAUUUCCAGGAAAGGCUGCUGCCCGCUGCCUGAUUUCUAAUGUCAAAAUCACGCUUUGUCCUGCAAAUGUUGUAUAUUGUCUAUUUUAGGUCAAAGAACCCCAUGAAUACAUAAAUAAAUAAUUGGUCACUUGCAGCGAUCGUGGGGGAGGGCACAGCGCCCUGCUGCUGCAGGCGACGAAAGGUGGCAGAGGCAGCGGGGCGCAGACCACGUGGAAGGCACCACCUCCCACGGCCUGCGCCGCCCCCUAGAAGGACGCAGUGCUCUGAUUGGCCUGGAAGGGUUCAGGAGCUGCCCACCCUUUGGGCGUGGGGCCAAAGGCCAAACCUCCCCCCAGCGGCCCGGGGCGACCAGUGCGCUCCGGGCCCCGCCGCCGCCACCUCUCGGAGGAGCCAGGCAUGGGCGCCACCGGCUCCUCCGCGCUGGCCCGCUUUGUCCUAGCGCAGCCCCGACCCGGGUGGCUCCGGGUCGCCGCGCUGGCACUGGCCGCCGUGGCCCUGGGGGCUGUCGCCUGGUGCCGCGCUUGGCCCAGGCGGCGCUGGCGGCGGCUGCAGCAGGUGGGCACCGUGGCGCAGCUCUGGAUCUACCCGGUGAAAUCCUGCAAGGGGGUGCCGGUGAACGAGGCGGAGUGCACCGCCCUGGGGCUGCGCAGCGGCAACCUGCGGGACAGGUUUUGGCUUGUGAUCAACCAGGAGGGAAACAUGGUUACUGCCUGCCAGGAACCUCGCCUGGUCCUGAUUUCCCUGACCUGUGACGGUGACACCCUGACUCUCAGUGCAGCCUACACAAAGGACCUGCUACUGCCAAUCAAAACGCCUACCACCAAUGCAGUGCGCAAGUGCAGAGUGCACGGCCUGGAGAUCGAGGCCAGGGACUGUGGUGAGGCCGCUGCCCAGUGGAUAACCAGCUUCCUGAAGUCACAGCCCUACCGCCUGGUGCACUUCGAGCCUCACAUACGACCGAGACAUCCUCACCAAACAGCAGACUUGUUCCGGCUCAAAGACCAGCAGAUUGUUUACUCAGACGCCAGUCCAUUCAUGAUCCUUUCUGAGGCGUCGCUGGCGGAUCUCAACUCCAGGCUAGAGAAGAAAGUUAAAGUAACCAACUUCAGGCCCAAUAUCGUAAUUUCAGGAUGCGAUGUAUAUGCAGAGGAUUCUUGGGAUGAGCUUCUUAUUGGUGACGUGGAACUGAAAAGGGUGAUGGCUUGUUCCAGAUGCAUUUUAACCACAGUGGACCCAGACACUGGCGCCAUGAGCAGGAAGGAGCUGCUGGAAACGCUGAAGAGUUAUCGCCAGUGUGAUCCUUCAGAACGAAAGUUAUAUGGAAAAUCACCACUCUUUGGGCAGUGUUUUGUUCUGGAAAACCCAGGGACCAUCAGAGUGGGAGACCCCGUGUACCUGCUGGGCCAGUAAUGGGAACCGUAUGUACUGGAGUAUUAGACGCCUUUUAAAAAUGCACUCAAAAAUGACAACACUUGAAGCAUGGUGUUUCAGACCUGAGACCUCAACAUUUUUUUUAAAAUUUGUGAUUUUCACAUUUUUCCUCUUUUGGACUUCUUGUGUCUCAAUGCUUCAGUGUCCCAGUACACAAAGCAAAGGAUUAUGGUCUCAAUAACUUAGUAUGACUUCAGUGAGUCACUUAAGUGACAAGAUAGGCUUCUGAAACUCGUUGUUUAACUAUGAUUAUGGAGUAGUUCUUUCUCCUGCUUCUCCGUUUAUCUACCAAGAGUGCAGACUUUCAUCCUGUCAUUACCACUCGUUAGGGAAAGAGAAGAAGAGAAGGAGGAAGAGUGGGUGGGCCAGAAGAAUGUCCUAGAAUGUGUUUUUACCCCUGUGCAUGAGGUAUGCAAUGCAAAUUAGCUCCCCAGAUAUGGGUGGAAUGUCACUUCCCUUUUCUUCUCCAGCCCUGGGCUAGCUUUUGAGAUGGCAGUAAAGAACCGAGCUUCAGGAAGCACUGCAGAUACUAAUUUUCCAUAGAUCGUGGAUCUGGCGCUGCUGCUUCUCAGACAGCCCUGGAGUUCCUAAAGGUGCUCAGGAGGGUCAGGAGGGUAGUUGUGUAGUCACGGAGGCCUCCUGGAUCCUUGCCGUUCCGCUCAGCUCAUGCCUGGGUGCACCUUCUCCAGUUCAGGGUGAAAGUUCUGAAGUCUGCAGAGGAGAAGAAAAGUGAUUUGGUGAUUUUAAAUAGAUUGCUGAAAACCUUUAAAGGGAGAAAAACGAAAGCAUAUGUCAGUUUGUUUAAAACGCAGUAUCUAUUUUUUUAACUGAUUGUGUAACACUAAGAUCUGAUGAAGUGUGUCUUUUAUUGCCAUUUUGUCCUUUGAUUGUAUUGGGAAGUUGACUACACUUGAAAAAUAUUUUAAAAACUGUGAAUAAAUGGAAGCUACUUUGGUAAGUUU